ACUAAAAUAACAGUGAUAAAAGUGAUUAGGCAAAGACAUGAAGUCGAUUCUUGUGACCGGCUGCAAUCGUGGAAUAGGGUUAGGUUUGAUUAGGCAUUUAGUGAGAGAAAAAAAUCCCCCAAAGCACGUUAUAGCAACCUGUCGAAGCAUCGAAAAGGCGAAGGACUUACAACACAUUGCUGCUGAAAAUAAAAAUGUGCAUCUUCUGGAAUUGGAUGUCCGAAAUUAUGACGAAUAUGACAAUUUUUCGAAAAAAGUGGAACAAAUCGUCCAGUCCGAUGGGUUAAACAUCCUUUUCAACAAUGCUGGAGUUUCGUCGAAAUUCACCCGAGUUCAGUUGGUUAAAUAUGACCAAAUGUUGGAAGCUUUCAAAGUUAAUACCAUUGGUCCAGUCAUGCUCACAAAGGCUUUGUUACCACUUUUAAAACAAGCCGCUCAAAACAAUUCGGAUAAACCACUUGGAGCAAACAAGGCUCUAAUAGUUAACACGACCUCUGUUUUGGGCUCUAUUGCCUUGAAUAGUGAUGGAGGUUUCUUUCCUUAUCGAUGUUCAAAGGCUGCUUUAAAUAUGGCAACAAAGUCCCUAAGUGUAGAUCUCCAAAAAGAUGGAAUUCUGGUCACUGGAAUUCAUCCAGGAUGGGUCAAAACUGAUAUGGGAGGAUCAAAUGCGCCACUGGAUGUUGAUACGAGUGUUGUUGGCAUUCUUGAAUUGAUAAGAAAUGUGAACGAAAGCCACAAUGGAGGUUUUUAUCAAUAUGAUGGAAAACAGCUCGAGUGGUGAAACUUAACACUUACCAAAACUGUUACAUUACUUACAUUUACAAUAAAAAAUUGCUGCCAGAUAAUAAAAA